GCCUACAUUGCCUAGGGAGCAGAGGGAGUACAUUAGGUUUAUGAACGUGAGGCGUAAGAAGGAUUUCAUAUGUUUUGAGAGGGUUCAUGGGAAGCUCGUUAACAUCCUCAAAGGACUGGAACUCCACAUGGGUAUUUUCAGUGCUGCUGAACAGAAGAGGAUCGUCAGUUACGUUGCUUCACUACAGGAGAUGGGGAGAAAGGGAGAAUUGAAAGAUCGGACAUUCACGGCUCCUAAAAAAUGGAUGAGAGGCAAGGGACGUGAGACUAUCCAAUUCGGUUGCUGUUACAAUUAUGCAGUGGAUAGAGAUGGUAACCCACCCGGUAUUCUUCCGCGUGGAUCGGUGGACCCCAUACCCGAUCUGUUUAAGGUCAUCAUCCGACGCCUCAUUAAGUGGCAUGUGCUCCCUCCUACUUGUGUGCCAGACAGUUGCAUUGUGAAUAUCUAUGAGGAAGGGGACUGUAUACCUCCACAUAUAGAUAGCCAUGAUUUUCUUCGACCGUUUUGCACUGUCUCAUUUCUUAGUGAGUGCAAUAUAGUUUUUGGGUCAAACUUGAAGAUUGUGGGCCCUGGUGAAUUUGAUGGUUCAUUUACUAUUCCCCUACCUCUCGGAUCUGUACUUGUCUUAAAUGGAAAUGGAGCUGAUGUAGCCAAACACUGUGUACCUGCCGUUCCUAUGAGAAGGAUAUCAAUAACAUUUAGAAAAAUGGAUCCAUCCAAGCGGCCUUUUGGGUAUGUUCCAGAGCCUGAUCUUCAGGAUAUCCAACCAUUGGUCUAUGAAGUUGACAAGGAAAUGAAGUCAAGUGGACCAACACCAAAUCGUCAUAAGAGACAUAGAGACACGAGAGGUGGAAGGACUGAUGCUAUGGGUUAUGCAACUAGAAGGGAUAGAUUCGUUGGAGCCUCUCAUGUUACUAAUGUCAUAUCAGGUAGUGACUAUCCCACAACCAAUUUAUAUCUCACUGAAGUUUAUAGGGUUAAAGAAGUAAUUUAUGCUGCAAUUGAAGAUAAUGAUGAUUUUAUGAGAGAAAUGGCAAGGCCAAUGAAAGUAAAAUUUGACAAGUAUUGGGGGGAAUGCAAUCUGCUGAUGGCCAUUACUAGUGUUCUAGACCCAAUGUGCAAAUUGCAUGUGGUAAAUAUUUGCAUCCCAAUUAUAUACAAAUCAGAAGUUGAGGCAAGAGAAAAUGUUGAAAAAGUGAAGCAAGCUUUAGAAGAUUUGUACAAUGAGUAUUGUGCUCUAGGUUUGCAAGAGCCAGUCUCUAAUAGUGAGCUAGAAACUACUGUGAAUCAAUCAUCCUUGUCUUCCACUAUCCACCUCAAGGUCCUAAAUCUGGAUUUUCUAAAAUCAUGA